GAUGUCUGAUGUUUCUCUGUGGGCUACCCUGCCUGACCUUGCAAAGAGGAGCCUGGGAUCAGCCGGGCAGGGGGAGAGAGAACAAUGCUGUGUGAUAGACAGAAAGGCCAGGGUAAAGCAAAAGGAGCGAGGAGGAGGGGCGUCUGAGCUUCGUCUCCCUGGAUUAAAACGCCCAUGAGCUGUGUUCUUCGCUGACAGCAUCCACAUUUCCACACGCACAUACCGCAUCCAGUCACUUCCACUGUUUGGAUUGAGCCCAGAUUAGGGACGCUUCCACCUGCGCUCGCGCGCCUCACCCGCUGUCCUUCUGAUCCGCGCCCACUGAAAACCACGAGAUCUCCACUCUGAUUGGUCCUGAUGGUUAUAAAAACGCACCUCCGCUGCCCUCCAGGAAAGAAGGAUGUGAUAUCCUAUCAAAUUAAGGAAUUUCAGAGCUUUGAAACUUGUAAGACACAAAUCACUCACUGCAGUACAGAAAUCACUGAUGCAGGAAGCUCUGUGUCUUGUGUGUGACACUGAAAAAGUGACGUUGAGUCAUUUAGAUGGAGGAAAGAGAGAGAAGUAGGAGUCGAUCCCCGCGUCGGGUUCGUCGGGUAGAGCAGGUUGUAGGGAGAUGGCUGCGCCGAUCACGAGACUCCCUCAGCAGGGAGCGUAUUCUUGGGGACAGGAAGUUGGGCCGUUCAGACGAUGGUGGUCAACAGCAUUUCCCAGUGAAGGAGACAGUGGAGGUGAUCAGAGAUGCUGUGUUGGACUCGCAUGGCUUUACACUCUCCACACAGCUCCCCCUGCUGGUCAGGGACGUUAUUCCAGGAGGACCAGCAGAUGGACGCCUCUUACCAGGUGAUCAAGUAUUGAAAGUGAAUAACAAAGCCAUUGAAGACUUAUCUCCUGAAUAUGUUGACAACAUGAUUAGGCAGUGCCAGGAUUCUCUAACCGUGACAGUCCUCAGAAACAUGAUGAACCCCAAGUCCUCGUUUAUGUCGGCAGAAAAGAGAGCUCGCCUGAGAAGAAAUCCGGUUAAAGUGCGCUUUGCCGAGGAAGUAUUAGUCAACGGACACACUCAGGGAAACUCCCUUCUCUUCCUGCCCAAUGUGCUUAAGGUCUACCUGGAGAAUGGGCAAACCAAAGCCUUCAAAUUUGAUAAGACCACCACAGUGAAGGACAUUGUGCUGACUUUAAAGGACAAGCUGUCAAUUCGCUCUAUUGAAUAUUUCUCCCUGGUGCUGGAGCAGCAAUACAGCAUCACCAAACUGCUGUUACUGCAUGAAGAUGAGCUCAUACAGAAGGUGGUCCAGAAGAAGGACUCGCAUGAUUACAGAUGUCUGUUCCGAGUGUGUUUUAUCCCUCGAGAUCCAGUGGACCUGCUGCACGAUGACCCAGUCGCCUUUGAGUACCUCUUUCACCAGAGCGUUGGGGAUGUGCUGCAGGAGCGGUUUGCAGUAGAGAUGAAAUGUAACACUGCUUUGAGGCUAGCAGCACUACAUAUGCACGAAAGGUUGGCCAGCUGUGGACAAACUACCAGAGCAUCUAUCAAGAAUAUUACUAAGGAGUUUGGAUUAGAGAGUUUUAUUUCACCCACAUUACUGAGGAACAUGAGAGAGAAAGAUCUGCGGAAAGCUCUUGCAGGUCAUAUGAAGAAAAUCCAGUCACUGCUCGAACCGCGUCAAAAAGUAAUCUCGGUGCCUCAGGCCAGGUUGGCAUAUCUAACUCAGAUGGCAGAACUGGUAUCAUAUAGUGGGAGAACCUACAAUGCCACCAUGCUGCUGCAGGACCGGGAGUCCUUGGUGAGUUUGUUGGUGGGAGCGCGAUUUGGUGUCAGUCAGAUACUAAACCACAAGCUGAACAUGAUCUCGACUAUUAUAGACUUCCAUUACAUCAGCCGUGUAGAAGUGCUCUCUGAGUCUGACAGGGUCAGCAUGCUGAAGAUCUACCUACAUGAUAUCCAGCCCCUGGCCUUGCUAAUGGAUUCUGUAGCCGCUAAGGACCUGGCAUGUCUGCUGGCAGGCUAUUGCAAAUUGUUAGUGGAUCCCAAUAUGAACGUGUUCCGCUGGGGCCCUCGCCCCAAAAUACGUCGUAUACCUUUAGAAGAAGGCUUUGGAUUCCGCUGUGGCAGUGACUCAGAGGAGAGCUCAGAUGAGGACUACACCAUGGACAACCUGCUAGACACACCAGUCUCUGAGGACACUGUCUCAACUCAAACAAACGAUGACCGAGAAGAUGAGAAAGAUGAGGAGAAAGAAGAGGCCAAAGCAAACACAGUAAGGGUGAUUGUGACCCAGAUAGAAGAAGAGGAGAAUGUAGUAGAAGGUACUCUAGAAGGAACAAGUACAAGUGGCUCUAUUGAGGAUGAGGACUAUGCAGCAAGAGUAGAUGCACUUCUGGAAACAGGAUGGUACACAGACCCGAGAGUCAACAGCAGCUUCUCUAGUCUGUCCAGUAACUCGUUUAACACUCUUGAGGAGAUUAGCAAAGUAUCCACUACAUGGCCUGCUCGUUUGGCCACUUUUCAGGAGGAGAUGCCAAAAUCAGACCAGGCUACUGGGGCCUCUAGCCUGGAUGUCCACCAUCCUUUCCUGCUAGAGAUCCCUGAACAUCUGAACCAGAAAGAGAAAUCAAACCGCCCCUCUGACUUGCUCUAUGAUAAGCACAGUGGCUUGCGGUACAGUGACCUCUCCCAAAUGUCUGACUCCCUUCCAAGCCCACCUGAAGCAAGUGAUGAUGCUCUGAGUGAUUUGGAAGAGAUUAAUAAAGAUGAAAACAAAAAUUAUAGACCUGCAGACAUUGACGCUGUGUUAGCCUCGGGUAGUAGUAAUAGCAUGAAAUCUACAGUAGCUGGCUUCAAUGUCCAAGCACUUUUAUCAAGGAUCCGUAGCCAUCCAGCAUGUAAGAAAGAUCUGAGGAAUUCUAACCUCCACCAGAAAGAGGAAGCAAAGACCAAAGGGACUUUGUCCAGACCAAAAGUUCAACCUCCACCUCCACCACUAAGAAUAUUAUCCAGAGUUUCUCAAAUAGCAAAGGACAGCAGAAACAGUGGGUCAGAAUCAGAAGAAGAGUUCUUUGAUGCACAGGAUCGUCUCACUCCACCAAUCUUGGAACAACCUGCAGAAAAGAAAGUAAAUGUGAAUGGAAUGGAGCAUGCUCUGAGACAGACUGAUGCAAAGACCAGUGUGGAGGAACCAGCAGCAUCCAAGAUGCAAAGUCGAUUGGACAAGCCACACGAUGACAAUUCUUUACCUAUUAGUAGAAACACUCUAAAUAAGGACAUUUCUCUCCUUAAAGAUCUCACUCCUGCAAAAAAUAUUCUGGGUAAUAGAGAGCUGGAGGGUCACCAGCCAUCAGAGAUUCUGCUUCCUCAACCAGCCAUGCUUGAACCUAAUCUUAUCUCAAAUAAUCGCAUCUCAGAGAAGAAGGGCCAACAAUGUAAUGGAGAUAUUCCUGGCCGUAAUGCUCACAUAUCCUCUGAGCUUUUGGAGAUGGAGCCAGACACUAUGGAGUUUAAGCCUGUUACUUCAGCUGGACCACCACAGUCUUCCCCCUUAAUCACAGCAGUGCGGCAAACUAAAUCCCAGCUACCAAGCACAGUGGAUUCUGCAACAGUUUCGAUUGAUAGUCAGAAUAUUAUAAAACCUAUAGACUCUAAACAAGAUGAAAUAGUUAAAGAAGAGAAAACAGAAGAACACCAAUCACUUCCUCCUCUGCAGCCCAAGAAAGAAGUUUUUGCAGAACCCCCAGAACCUAACAAACCCAUAUCCAAAGUUUCUCAGCCAUCAUCUGGUCAAGCUCUGAAAACUGAAGAUGUUUCAAAUGGGAUUUCUUUGCAUACUUGGUCCCAGCGGAACGGGGCCACCCCGGGCCCUCCUCUGAAUAAAGGGGUCUCUCUAAGCCAUGAGAAUCUUAAAUGCCAACUAAGAAAUGAGAAUACUGCAGUCACGGUGACCAGCGCUUCAACUCUGACAGCCACUCCUCCCCCAUCUGUGGCUAUGAGAGGCUCUACAAGUAUGGAUCCCAAAGAUCCCUUUGGGAUUGGAAGGAGUUUUAGCAGCAGAGGUUCUUCUGGGCGUCUGUCCGCUUCAGCACUACGUGGAAAGAUCCAGGACAUGCCCUGGUAUCUCACCCGAUCCCAGGAAAUUUUGGGGACAGUUGCACUCAGCAGGGAUAAAUUAAUAGACACUAAAGCAUCUCAGGAUGCCGCUGAUUACAAGGACUCUAAAAAGGAAUCGCCAAAAUCCACUUCAGUACCUGCUUUGAAUGAUUGGAAAGAGAAAGAUGCUGAGGUGGUUGUUGUGAAGCUUAAAGAUGGGCCACAAGAAGUAGCCUCGCAGGUAAAAGACACAAGUGGGAAAAUGUCAUUGUCUGGUCAUCCAGACCUAAGGCAGAAUGGGUUACAAGACUCCACUGAACUUUUCUCACGCUUGGGAACAUGCAGGUCUGAACAGCCUAAGUCUCAAAAAAACACUGCUACAAAGGAUAAUCUGGAAACAUCAUCUCCUCCAUCUAGCACUGGCACACCCCACCGUGAUGCAUGUGGGUGCCAUACUGUUUAUGCCAAUUGCUUUAGUGGUGAUUCUGAGGAUUUGUGUGGUUUUGAUGAUGAUCUGACGGUGUACGAGUUCUCUCGUCAGAAACGAAUCAACAAACCACCCCAGUCCACUGCACCUUCCUCUGCCCCUUCUUCCAACAUCCUGUCUCUGCUAAGAGACUCACCUCACCCCCUUUCAACCUCUUCUGAGCUUAGUCCUCUCUUUACGCCACCCCGGCCUAGACCCCUGGGUUACAACCCAUUGGACAAUCCACUACGGGAUCUUCAAGAAAGACGAUAUGUAACGGGCCUAAAAGGCACUGGGCUUAAAGGGGGCUACACGUCCCUGCACAAAGAUAUUGAUGAACUUCUGCUGGUGCUUAAGAAUGGUGAGACUGCAAUAAAUCCUUCAGGCCAGAAGGCGCUGUGUCAAACGGCUAGUGGUAUUAAUGGCAAUUCAUUUUCUGAAACGGAGCGCUGUUUAGUGCAGGCUGAGGCACGGAGGCUGGCCUCAGGAUGCCAGCGUGCCACACGAGUUGGUUGGGCACCAGAUGAUGCUCUUCUCUCAUUGGGCAAUAGCUUUGGAGCUUUGGUACAUCUAGCAGCAGCUUGCCUUCAAGUGUCCUGUUCAGACUGUGGAAGUUGCCAUGGUGAUAUUGAUGGCACUGAGGCUCUAAGGAAGCUUCAAGAAAUUGUGUGUUUGUACAAGGAGUUUGUGAUAGCUGUAGAAGCAGCCCGAGAGGGAGAGGGCGUCAGGUUGUUAGCUAAACAAUGCACGGUUCUCAUCUCUACAGUCUUCACUCUAACACAGCUAUUCAGGACACACACUCCAGACACAGACAACAGACAUUUACCCCUAAACUUCUGAACUUGAAACUUUCAAUUGAAAGAGAGCAGAGAACUUAUAAAGAGAAUGAUAAUCCUUUUCUUUGGAUGUAAAGACUUUGAAUGUGUGCUGGCACACAUGAAAUACAAGUAAGUGCCGUGUUCACACACACACACACACACACACACACACACACACACACACACACAUAUGCACAAACACACAAAAUCUCAGUCAAACUCAUGAACAGGCAAAUAAGUCUACCAAAAUGUAGAACCUUUGUCCUCUAAAACUGUUGGUCUUGCCAAGUCUCCUUAUGAACUUUAAACAGGAUAUGGUUUUAUUGAUACACACAGUAGCUAUUUUCUAACAAUAUCUUAUUUCUUUAAGUAUGUAUUCAAGUACUUAUUUAUUUUUACAUACUAUGUGUACGCACCGUGGAUUAUAACCUAUACCUAGAUCUUUGUUUUGUUGUAUGUAAAGUCCUACCUCUUGGUCUAAUAACUAGUGAAACCUGAAAGAAAUAGACAGUGUUAUGGUGUCCAGUGUCUGUAUUUUUUUCUUUUUUUUUGUACUGCUCUUCACUGAUUUAGGCAUGGUACUUCAUAAGAUGGACAAAGCAGACACCAACCCCCUUUCUUCUCCCUGCUCCUGACAAUGUGUACAUAUAAUAGAUGCUUAGAAAGGAUGUAUAAAACACUCGGUAGCAUUUGAAUUGUGUGCAGUAAUUUAUCAACUCACUUUCCCAAGUUUGUAUUCUUUCUUUUUGUUUGAAAGCUGGAUAGAAAUGGGAAUGAGAAAUCUGAAAGUGUUUAAAUUUAUAUCUAUAUAUCAGUAUGAACUUUAAUGUUCCUUUUUCAUUGGCAAGUUAGCUUACUGUUAAUGGUAGCGAUCAGUUUUAUCCAAAGAUGAUACAGCACGAGGUGCUCUGUCAUUGUGACCAUUCGUUUCUAGCACUAGUCAAACUCAACUAUUUUUACUUCUUUUAUUACUAUGCAAGUGUCACUAAUUCAUAGCUGUUGUCAAAGUUUUUGUAUUGAACAUUGCUCAUAUCUGAUCAAAACUGUUUUGAUAAAGGGGCUUCCCAAACAAACCUAAGCCUUAUUCUUGAUCUAGAAGUACUUUUAAAGAAAAUAUUCUGGAUCACGGUCAAAUUAAGUACUUAUGCAAUUGCAACCUGGAUCAUAAUUUGCCUUCUGAUGAUUGGGGGGAAAACAUUGCCAGGUAUUAGUACUAGUGUUUCAAUAGUUCUUUAGUAUGCAGCCCAAAAUUGAGUUCAGCAUUUUAUUACAUAUGUUCAAAUUCACUGUGUCAUAAAAUGUUCUCUUCAGAGCAAAGUAAAGCUCUAUAUGGUCACUGGUAGCAUUCAUCAUUUCAUCUUUUUAUAUAAAAGUAACGUCUGAGGUUUGAAUCUGCAUGAGAGAGCCUGUUCUAAAUCAGUGUAAACUGUCAGUUCUGGAAGAUGAUUAAAAGAUAACUUAACCUAGUCCUUAAAGCUUGUUGCACUUGUAAGUGAUUAAUUAUGAACAUAAUAUGGUUUAACUAAAGUCAUUACAUUAGAGGAGAGCUUCCAGACAUCACACAUCUCAGACUACACGACAUGUCAAACAAUCAAGUUAAACAUUACAAAGUUGUAAUGUUGUAGUGCUGGAGGCAACCGGUCACACUUACAAGAGUAGCAUAAAAAAAUUGCGAAAUGUCAAGUUUUCUUAUACUGGUACUCACUAUUGCAUUUGUGGUCUUGUUAUUUGUUAAAUCUUUGUAAAAUUUGUUCCAGCACGCCAGCACAAGUUCUGACACUAAUCGUUACUCUGACAGAGAUGUCUAUCAGCCAUAUCAAACUACCUGAAGGAGGACAACCUCAAAUGGUCCUGUAGCUGUUGUUUUGUUGUUGUUGUUGUUUUUUUCCUUUCAUAAUUGUAGCAAAUAAAAAUGAGAAAAUUGUACUAAGUUAAUCUGUGUAUGCGGAUAGCUUGCAUUCGGAGUCCACAUAUAUAAACCCAGACUAACGCUGAACAGUGAGGAAUUGUCUGAAUAAUGAAGGGACAAUCGUGAAGUCAAUUUGCAUUCCUUCUACUGUACCAAUAAUUAAAGAAUGAAAUUGAAUGGAA